AUGGAGGCGGAAGAAGGAAGCACGGCGGGCGGGAGUGAGAAGGCCGGCCAAGAGGAAGGCGAAACGCAGAUGAAGGGGGGCUCGGUGACAGGAACAGCUAACCUGGCCAGAGAUGAGGCCCUCAGCAGCAGGUAUAUUGCAUAUCUACGAAGUAUUAAGGACAACUGGUCGUCCUGCCAUGCAGCUCGACUGUUAACGCCUGCGCUUCUGGUUUACAUACACCAGCGAUUCAUCAUGCUGUCCACGCCACUCAAAGUCCGCGUCUUGACUUCUUUCCUCUAUCUUCGCCCAGCACUCCGUGAGGCGAGCAAAGACGUCUUGACGGAAAUUUUGAAGGAGGCAGAGACCGACCCGAACGAAUGGGUCAAGAAGCUCAGUCGCAUUCUGGUUCCGUACAUCUCCAGCGGUCGCGUGGACUUGCGAGAAACAGACACAGAGACCGCCUUCAGAAUCAUCAGUUUUCUUGACGAGCAGCAAGCCCUUCACCCGGAAGAAGGCCCGUACCGCAGAAAAGGAGGCCUCGAGGAGCAGCACAUGUGCAACCCCGACGCUGAGUUUCCGAGCGCAGAAGCGGCGACAUUGGCGGCUUCGCGGACCUCGGAUUUGCCACUCCACGAGCAGAUUCAGGCCCAGCUGGAGAUUCCGCUCUCCGCGACUCUCGAGAUGAACUUGUUCACUGCCAGAGAGAACUUUGACGAUUUGAUGAGAAUGACGGUCAGGCGCGGCUGCCAGCAGCUGCGGAGGGCGGCGGAGGCGCAGCAGCAGCGCGCAGCGGCCGCGUUGCAGAGAAGGCCUGGUAGCAGAGCGUCGAGCGCCGAGGGCCGGUGA